AUGGCGGCGGGGCCUGCGGCGGCCGUGGCGGCGGCGCUGAGCGGGGCGGGCGCGCUGCGCUUCGGGCACUUCGUGCUGAAGAGCGGCCGCUCCUCCCCCGUGUACAUCGACCUGCGCGGCCUCGUGUCCCACCCGAGGCUCCUCCGGCAGGUGGCAGGACUUCUUUUCCAAGCAGCCCGAGAUGCGGGUCUGGAGUACGACUGUGUGUGCGGCGUUCCGUACACGGCGCUGCCGCUGGCCACCAUCAUCUGCUCGGAAAAUGAGGUUCCGAUGCUUAUACGGAGGAAGGAAGGAAAAGACUACGGUACUAAGCGGAUGGUAGAAGGCACAAUUAAUCCAGGAGAGACAUGCCUGAUCAUUGAGGAUGUGGUAACAAGUGGAUCCAGUGUACUGGAAACUGCAGAAGCUCUUCAGAAAGAAGGAUUAAAAGUCACAGAUGCCAUAGUGCUGUUGGACAGGGAGCAGGGUGGGAAGGCCAGGCUAGCGGAACAUGGAAUUCGCCUGCACUCUGUGUGCACCUUGUCUGGGGUGCUGGAGAUUCUCCAGCAGCAGGGAGAAGUGGCUGCUGAGAUGGUUGAAAAGGUGAAGAAAUUCAUUGAGGGAAAUGUGUUUGAGGCAGUGGCUCAGAAUGGUGCUGCUCCUGUCAAGAGACCCUGCAAGGAGCUGAGCUUCAGCACUCGUGCCCAGCUGCCAGGGGUGCAUCCUAUCGCAGCCAGGCUCCUCAUGCUCAUGGAAAAGAAGCACACAAACUUGUGCCUUUCUGCUGAUGUCACCAGCUCCAAGGAGCUGCUGCAGCUAGCUGCCACCCUGGGCCCCAGCAUCUGUAUCCUGAAGACUCAUAUAGACAUCUUGAAUGAUUUCACCCACGAGGUAGUAAAGGAGUUGAGAAGGCUCGCAGAUCAACAUGAAUUCUUGAUUUUUGAAGACAGGAAAUUUGCAGAUAUUGGAAACACAGUGAAACAUCAGUAUGAAGGUGGUGUGUUCAGAAUCGCGUCCUGGGCAGACAUCGUCAAUGCCCACGCGGUUCCAGGCGCUGGAGUUGUGAAGGGGCUGAAGGCAGCAGGUCUUCCUCUCCAGCGUGGCUGUCUCCUGGUGGCAGAGAUGAGUUCCCAAGGGUCCCUUGCGACGGGUGAAUACACAAAAGCUGCAGUGCAGAUGGCUGAAGACAACUCGGAUUUUGUGUUUGGAUUCAUAUGUGGAUCUAGAGUUAGUAAUAAGCCAGAAUUUCUACACUUAACCCCAGGAGUGCAGCUGCAAACUGGAGGUGAUAACCUUGGACAGCAGUACCUGAGCCCCAAGGAGGUUAUUGGUGAAAAAGGCUCAGAUAUCAUUAUUGUGGGACGAGGCAUCUUGGCAGCUUCAGACCGUCUCCAAGAAGCAGAGAAGUACAGGAAGGCAGCGUGGGAGAGCUACAUGAGCAGGCUUGGUGUUCCUGCAGAAGAUUGAAAACCAGACACUGUCGUAGCCACUGCAGUUGGACCUGAGCUGCAACCUUCAUGAGGGGUCCAGUUAAAUGUAUGGACACUUCAGCCCGCAGAAAAUUGCCCUUUUGGAGAAAAAUCUAUUACAAAGCUGUUUUAAUUGUACACACAGAGGUCAAAUUGUACUUGCCAUUGUUAUUUUUUGAUAUUUGAAUCUAAGAGCCCAGACCUUCGUGCCCGUUUUUUAGCCUUAGUAGGUUUUCUUGUUUGAAAAACAUUGCACAAAACACUCCAAGGGUAUUUUGUUGGCUGUCGUUGCCUUUAUUUUUCUUCCUCACCAUCAAUUCUUUUCUAGCUUUGGAAAUGGUAUUUUGUUAUGUUCUUAAUAAACUUCACCUGCAUACUGCCCCACCUUCACGGGUUUAUUUGGCUCUCCUGUUUCCAAGGGGCAAGUGCAGGUUUUAAUGUCACACUGAAAUUGAAUUAUGUGAUGUUUAAUAAAUACUUUUUUGCUACCAUUUUCCUUUUCACUCACUCUGUGUCUUUGUUCUGUGGCAGAAGUAUAAUAAAAAGUCAUUCUGGUGUGUCUG